AUGGCAUCAAUCCUAUCAAAUGCUCGACAAAAUGCCCCAUUGAGAGCUCUUGCUCUAAAUUUAUCGAAUUUACAGUUUUUCUGGACACCUGGAGCUUUGGGUUAUUUUAUAAGGUGUUUAGGAAGUCAAGGCCUGGUUAAAGAGGCUGUUGAUCUAUUUGAUCAAGUGAAGAGCUCAAGAGUUUGUGUUCCAAACAGUUACAGCUAUAACUAUUUGUUGGAGGCAAUUUCGAGGAGUGGAGAUGUAGGUUUGAUUGAGAUUAGGUUUAAUGAAAUGACGGAUCUUGGUUGGCAGAUUGAUAAGCAUACUUUGACACCGUUGUUGCAGUGUUAUUGCAACAGUAGGGAGUUUGAAAAGGCCUUGGACGUUUUUGAUGAGAUGAGGGACAAGGGAUGGGUUGAUGCACAUGUAUUGACUACUUUACUGGUGUCUUUUAGCAAGUUGGGGGAGGUGGAUAGGGCUUUUGAGUUGAUCGCACGGAUGGAAAAAGAACUAAAUAUUAGUUUGAACAAGAAGACAUUUUAUGUACUGAUUCAUGGGUUUGUAAAGGAGUCCAGAGUGGAUAAGGCCUUGCAUCUAUUGGAUAAAAUGAGAAGAACGGUAUUCGUUCCAGACAUUUCAAUCUAUGAUGUGCUAAUUGGAUGUUUGUGCAAGAAUAAGGAGAUUGACAAGGCCUUGAUGUUGUGCAACCAAAUGAGGGAACUAGGUAUGACUCCUGAUGUUAAAAUAAUGUCAAUGCUUUUAUCAUGUUUACAAGAUGAGAGAGACGUGAUUUGGUUGCUUGAAGAAAAGCAGGCAGAUUUGGAUUUGGGGAAAAGGAUGUUACUUUAUAAUUCUGUUUUGGCUGGUUUUAUUAAUAAUGGUUUAGUUAAUAGAGCUUAUCAUUUGCUAAAGGCGACGAUUGGCAAUGGAACAAAUGGAGAUUUUGAGGCAGAAAAUAUCCUUUUGGUUAAGGAAAAUGUUUGCCCUGAUACCACUUCUUUCUAA